GGCUGUGGCAACUCUGAGGUGGCAGUCUGCUCCGCGUCGACUAAGACCGUGAUUGUCUGCUUCUACCAUCCACCAGGUAAUGUCACUGGCCAGUUCAUAGUCAACUGUCUACCGCCCCUGCGGCCCGACAUCACCGACAGUGAGGAAGUGCGCGUCUCCGCUUCUGAUGGUGCACGCACUAAGGCGUAG